AUGAGAUUCUCGACGCUUUCAAGUCUUCUGUCUCUGCCUAUCUUUGGCGAUCUCGUCCUCGGGCUGACCGCAGCGGAAUGGCGGACUCAGUCCAUCUAUUUCCUCCUGACCGAUCGGUUCGGCAGGACGGAUAAUUCGACCACAGCGACAUGCAACACUGGGGAUCAGGUGUAUUGCGGUGGAACAUGGCAGGGAAUCAUCAACCACCUGGACUACAUCCAAGGCAUGGGCUUCACGGCCAUCUGGAUUUCGCCCGUCACCGAACAGCUGUCGGCAGAUACGUCAGAUGGCGAGUCCUAUCAUGGAUACUGGCAACAGAAGAUCUAUUCGUUGAACUCCAACUUCGGCACAGCAGAGGACUUGAAAGCCCUGUCUGCUGCCUUGCAUGAGCGUGAUAUGUAUCUCAUGGUGGAUGUGGUGCCAAACCACAUGGGUUACGCUGGCUCGGGCGACAGCGUGGAAUACAGCGUCUUUGACGCCUUUCCAUCUUCGUCAUAUUUUCAUUCGUACUGCUUGAUCACCGACUGGGAUGAUCUCGACCAGGUCCGGACCUGCUGGGAGGGCGAUACGAUCGUCUCGCUUCCUGAUCUGUACACGACGGAGAGCGCAGUGCGAACGAUCUGGUACGACUGGAUUGAAGAGCUCGUCGCCAACUACUCAAUCGAUGGGCUUCGCAUCGACAGCGCUCUCGAGGUGGAGCCGGAUUUCUUCACGGGGUACGUCAGCGCGGCAGGCGUCUACAGCAUCGGGGAGGUCUUCAACGGAGACCCUGCGACUGCAUGUCCGUACCAAGGAUACUUGGACGGCGUCUUGAACUACCCGAUCUACUUCCAACUCCUCUACGCCUUCGAGUCCAGCAGCGGCAGCAUCAGCGAUCUGUACAACAUGAUCAACUCGGUGGCCAGCGACUGCUCCGACCCUACUUUACUCGGCAAUUUCAUUGAGAACCAUGACAACGCGCGCUUUGCCUACUAUACAAGCGACUACUCGCAAGCCAAGAACGUGCUCUCAUUCCUCUUCCUGUCGGACGGGAUCCCCAUCGUCUACGCCGGCGAAGAACAGCACUAUUCAGGAUCUGGAGUGCCCUACAACCGCGAAGCCACCUGGCUGUCAGGCUACUCGACGACGGCCGAGCUCUACCAGUGGAUCGCGACGACCAACGCUAUCCGUAAGCUGGCGAUCUCGCUGGACAGUAAUUACAUCACCUACAAGAACAACCCCUUCUACACCGACAGCAACACCAUCGCCAUGCGCAAAGGCUCCGACACCCUGCAGGUCAUCACGAUCCUCUCCAACCGCGGCAGUUCCAGCAGCAGCUACACCCUCACCCUAACCGGCACCGGCUACGCAGCCGGCACCACACUCACGGAGGUGUAUUCGUGUACGACCCUGACCGUCGCCUCGGACGGCUCCAUCUCUGUCCCGAUGGCCUCGGGUCUUCCGCGUGUCUACCUCCCAUCCACUUCCGUGAGUAAGAGCACUCUCUGCGGGGGAGGGGGAAGUGGUAGCAGCUCCUCCUCCUCCUCCUCCUCCUCCUCCUCCUCCUCUCCUUCCACAACCACAACCACCACAACCAAAGCCACCACAACAACCACCGCAACCACCACCACCUGCGCAGCAGCAACAGCAAUCCCAAUAACAUUCAUCGAACUCGUCACAACAUCCUACGGCGAAGAAAUCUACCUCACAGGCUCCAUCGCCGCCUUAGGAAACUGGGCCACCACCACUUCGGGUGGGGCGAUCCAGCUCAGCGCGGCGAAUUACUCUUCGGCGUAUCCGGAGUGGUACGCUACCGUCACGCUGCCGGUGAGUACGAGCUUCGAGUAUAAGUUCUUUAAGGUCGGGACGGAUGGGAGUACGGUUACGUGGGAGAGUGAUCCAAAUCGGGUGUAUACGGUUGCUGCGACGGGGUGUGCGGGGGUGGGGGUGACGGUUGUUGAUAGUUGGAGGUGAGACUGAGGCUGGGGGUGUUGCUUUGGAAGAGGAGGAGGAGGAAGAAGAAGAAGAAGAAGAAGAAGAAGAAGGCAUGGAUUAUGGGUCGAGUCUGUGUUGCUCUGGAAAGAGAGGGGAUGGAUGGGCUUAGUAGACUCUGCAUCGAGAAUUGUACCCAGGUAGGGCUUACUUCUAGGAUUUGUAGGUAGGACUUGGGUAGUUCUUGUAGUGCUCGGUACUAAUCUUAGUAUCGAGGUUGUCAGGUCACCUUAGUUCUUCUUUGUGUCAAGUUUGUGAAGGGGGUAGCUACCGGUUUCGGUUUUUGCUUGACCUAUGUGCUUGUUGAUCUCUGUUUGUUUAGUGGUGUCUGUGUCGAUCCGAUCUAUCACGUAAAGAAAAAUACAUCGA